UUCCGGAUCACCACAGCCUUGAAUGGACCGGCAAUUAAUGAAAGAAUGUGGGACGGUGGAGCUUGAGUGGAAGCGAAGAUUAGAUGCGGACCGCUUGUGCGAAUGCGGGCUAACAGCUGGGAAUUUCCAACUUGCCAAACGAGGUUUCUAACUCGGGAAGUUUUCUUGAUUAUUUUUUCACGUUUGUCGUCACUAGGGGCCGCGAUGCAGCUCUCUGCCCACGGAGUGCGACUGGCUCAAUGUGUACGUGGCUCUCGGCAGAAAAAAAAGGGGGAGAUAUGCAUCUAUCUGCCCUUGGCUUUCCUGUUACAUAAUCAACAGGCAUCCUCCAUUUAGGAAACACAGCGCCACAGACCCCAGACUUAUGGGGCGGCCGCUGACGGGUCCUCAGCGCCGCAGGGUGCUAAUUAGCAUUCCAACAAGUAGGUGGCGCCAUUUACUUCAGUCGAAAAUGAACUAGGAGGCAUUCAACACUCCUUCUUAGGUCGGGGCUGCCAGGAUUUACCUUUGCUUCAAGUUAGGAGCUGGAGCAGACCGUGGGUAAAUCCUCUGUCACAUCUUCACUAACACCUCUGUGGAGUUAAAGACGCUGCCGGUCGGUCCAGACCACUGUGAAGAGACCGCCUGACGGGGCAGACGGAGACAUGUUCCUGUUGACCGGGAACAAGGGACCUCAAAGCAAUGGAAGAAGGAAAAUCUACCAGAAAAUCCAUCAGUAUGAGCUGAAGGACAAGAGGAAGGCGGUGAGGGCAUAUAAGGCUGGAGAAGAUCGGGCCAUCCUGCUGGGCCUCACUAUGGUCAUCUGUGCGGCCAUGAUGUACUUCAUCCUCGGGGUCACGGUGGUGCGUCCAUACUUAGACAGCGUGUGGACAGAGGAGUCCAUUUGCACCGUUCUCAACUCCACAGUGAUAGCGGAGAUGAACUGCAGCUACAGCUGUGGGAUCGACUGCCGGGGGGUCGCCAGGUACCCCUGCCUGCAGGUGUUCGUCAGGAUCAACGCCUCUGGGAGGAUCGCCCGGCUGUCCCAGAGCGAGGAUUCACAAGAGCUGAGCUCACAGUGUUUUUACAUGCCAAAGUGCAACAGGGACCAGACAAUGGCACGGGUGGUGAUCAGGAAUAUCACAGAGCGCCUUAGGGUCCGUCAGCGCUUGCCCUGCUUUCACGACCCCAGCGAGCAACAGGAGAACGUCCUCCUUACGCGACAGCACGGAGACGCCGGCGCGCUGCAGUCACUCCUCUGGCCCUCCUGCGUGCUGACCAUAGGACUGAUCAUCGUGCUCAUGGUCAAGCUCACGCAGUACCUGUCUACGCUCUGCGACAAUAUCAGCAGGGACAAGAGGUGAGGGCGCCCUCUAGUGGCAUGGAGGAUCAUCGGGAUCGUCACUUCAAAGCUUUUAAAGGAAUCUCCGUGUGCUGCUUUAAUCUAUUACCUUCUCCUCCUGUGAAUGAGCAAUCAUCUGCAUGGAUGACCCAGGGGGUCUCACUCAGCGUCCAGCAGGGGGCAUCGAAUCACUAUGUCAGCCAAAUCCGAUCUUCACACAUAACAAGCACAAGUCCUGUUUGGAAGCUAAACAGAGAUAUGUGGGAUACAAUGAGUAUACUAUAGCCUACAGAACUUGUUGGACAGUCACGCAAAUCUAUCACAGUUGGGUCAAGAGGGUAAAUCGCUUUACCCGAAGAUCUAAGUGUCUGUUCGACAGUUUCUAACACCAUGUCUGUCUGGAGUAAGGAUCAGCUCUCACAGUUCCGGGAGAACAGCAUUUCACGCUGUGCUGUCAAACAUGUCAAAAAGAGCACAAAGCUUCAUUAAGCGUUUAGGAUGCUGAUGUGCGGUGGUGUCGAACGAGGACACUGACUGGGGAGACAUAAGGCUGGAAAUAGACGGGUGACAUUUGAUGACCCCUCACAGAUUAAUAAUCAUCAGAAAAUGUGUCUUUUCUGGACGCCGCGGUGCAGCUGGAACGGUGCUGAUGUUGUCUGUGGUGAUCUUCAGACGCCGGGGCGUUGGGACAUGGGUGGAAAGAAAAUGCUAUGAGAGCAGAAUAAGCUUUCGUAGCAGGAAGGCCAGAAGCACAAGCACGGCUUGUGAUGAUGAAGAGUGUUACGGUUUACAUUUUUGUCGCGGUCCGAUGAAAAACACGUAUGUCCAAAACUCUAAUAUUUCAGCAGCGUCAACAAAGGCAUGUUCUCAGAAAGUGCUUCACACAAUCAACGUAGAACAAAGUAAUAAGACAGCCGCCAGUGAAUGGUCUAAUGUUUUAAAUGUAUUACAUGGAUUACUGUCAUUAUGGCUAAAAUGUCAUCAAGAUGGAAACUACUCUUGCUUUAUAUUCAUAAUUAACAAUGACGUUAGUUAGCUAGCUAUCUAGCUGUCAGUGGUAAGUUGUUAAAAUCAGUGAUAUAAAGUAAUCCAUGUAAAUCAUCUUGGGUAUGAGGUGCCGGUUCGAAUGCAUUUUCGGCAAAAUCGUCACAUCUGUGGGCCCUUCAGCAAGGCCCUUAACCCCCAGCUCCAUGGGCAUCCCUACGGGUGGCUGCCCUUCGCUGUCAGGCUUGCUGUCACCUACACGUGUCUGUGUCACAGAGAGCAAGAUGGGACCAGUGAAAAGAGAAUUUCCACACAAGGAGUCAAUAAAGUCAUAUUAAUAUAUAACAAAUGUUAACUAGUACAAACAGAAAUACUAGUUAAAUAGAUGACUUCGUACAGCAUCAUCAUACUUCGUACAGACAAAACAUCUAUUUGUUGGUCAGUUUCGAUGUUAAAUGCUCAAAUCAGAGGAGAAUCAGCAUAUUCCAUUUAUAACGAAUAUGUCAAAAAGUGGACAUACGUGGUUUUCAUCAGAUAUCAACAUAGUGUCAAAAUAUAAGGAGGGACAGGUUGGUAGCUAUAUCACAUGUUGAUGACAUGAUUUAUUUGUCCCUGAGGGACAUUUUCUGUGGCAGUCUGGGCACAAAUACCAAAAGCCAAUCAGUCCUCUAAUUAGUAAUGUAAUUAGGGAGUUGCGGCGAAAACCCGCAUACACACCGGCCCUUUGCGGAUAAGACUGGCUAGCCCUGGUCUAAUGUAUUAGGAUGCUGGAGGAGGAAAUUUAAACAAUGAGUGUGUCAGGUGUCAACUAAAUUACUAAAAUGCCAUUGUAUCAUUUUAUCAAUUUUUUACUUUUUCUGUUACUUCAGCUGCUAAGUACAGCUGGUAGAAAAUGAAACCAGUGUGAGGCGUUUGCAUAGCAUGCUGUGAUUGUGCUCUCUCAAAGCGGUCAGCUAUUUUGUUACUGAAAUAAACAUUGGGGCUUAUAAAUCUAA